AAAGCAACAAUAACAUUACGAUAUAUAUUUUUUUUUUUCAAACCUCAAAGACUACUGUCACGACAUGGCUGGGAUUAUAAAGGAAAUGGUCAGCCGAAACAAAAGGAGAUACCAGGAAGAUGGGUUCGAUUUGGACUUGACCUAUAUUUACCCUAACAUCAUCGCCAUGGGCUUCCCCGCCGAUAGGCUGGAGGGCGUCUACAGGAAUAACAUCGAUGACGUCGUUCGGUUUCUGGAUUCUAAACAUAAAAACCAUUACAAGAUAUAUAAUCUAUGUGCAGAAAGACACUAUGACGCUGCCAAAUUUAACUGCAGAGUUGCACAGUUCCCGUUUGAAGACCACAACCCGCCGCAGCUGGAGCUGAUCAAGCCCUUCUGUGAAGACCUGGAUCACUGGCUCAGCGAGGACACCAAUCACGUGGCCGCCAUCCACUGCAAGGCGGGCAAGGGGCGGACCGGCGUCAUGAUCUGCGCCUACCUGCUCCACCGCGGGAAGUUUCCCACAGCGCAGGACGCGCUCGACUUCUACGGCGAAGUCAGGACCACGGAUAAGAAGGGCGUGACCAUUCCCAGCCAGAGGCGAUACGUGCUGUACUACAGCUUCCUGCUCAAGAACCAGCUGGACUACAAGCCGGUGGCGUUGCUUUUCCACAAAAUGAUGUUCGAGACGGUCCCCAUGUUCAGCGGCGGGACGUGCAAUCCGCAGUUUGUGGUGUACCAGCUGAAGGUGAAGAUCCACACCUCCAACCCCAUGUACACCCGGCGCGAAGACAAGUACCUCUUCUUCGAGUUCCCGCAGCCCCUGCCCGUGUGCGGGGACAUCAAAGUGGAGUUCUUUCACAAGCAAAACAAAAUGAUGAAAAAGGAUAAGAUGUUCCACUUCUGGGUGAACACCUUCUUUAUCCCUGGGCCUGAGGAGAACUUUGAGAGGAUGGAGAACGGGAGCUUGCUGAGGGAGAUGGAGGGGCUGCUUCCUCCCCUCGAGCGAGCGGACGACAGGGAUUACCUCGUCCUGUCGCUCACCAAGAACGACCUGGACAAAGCGAACAAGGACAAAGCCAACAGAUACUUCUCCCCAAACUUCAAGGUUAAGCUGUUCUUCACGAAAACGGUGGAGGAGCUGUCCAACUCGGACGCCAGCACCUCGGCCUCCAUCACCCCGGACGUGAGCGACAACGAGCCGGAUCAUUACCGAUAUUCGGACACGACUGACUCGGACGCCGAGAACUGACCUUUUCGACGAAGAGCAACACGUACAGAUUACAAAAAACUGAAAUUGCACCAGAGGAAAUUUAAACAAAAAAAAAACAAA